CUGAAAGUCAUUGCUAUUGAUGAACAACUGAGAGUCAUUUAUGAGGAUAAUGUUCACUUUGAUAAAGACCUUCCGGAAUUUAAGACUCAAGGUGGAGUCUAUAUUCACGGUGACAGACUGACAGUGACUUCUCCUGUGCUAAUGUGGGUCAAGGCUCUGGACAUGAUUUUGGAAAAGAUGAAGUCUUCAGGCUUUAACUUCUCUCAAGUCAGAGCUUUAUCUGGUGCUGGCCAGCAACAUGGGAGUGUGUACUGGAAAAAAGGAAGCAUCCAAGUUUUAAAGAAUGCAGCACCUGAACUGCCUUUACAUCAGUCAUUGAAGGCUUGUUUUUCUGUCAGUAACAGCCCAAUCUGGAUGGAUUCUAGCACAGCUUCCCAGUGCAGCACUCUGGAGAAAGCCGUGGGGGGAGCACAGCACCUAGCGAGUAUCACUGGUUCUCGAGCCUAUGAGCGUUUUACAGGAAACCAGAUAGCAAAGAUUUACAGCCAGAAUCCUGAGGUCUACAUGCAAACAGAGAGAAUCUCUUUGGUUAGUAGUUUUGCAGCUUCCCUUUUCCUAGGAGCUUAUGCACCCAUUGAUUACAGUGAUGGUUCUGGUAUGAACUUGCUGCAGAUUUGGGAAAAGGUAUGGUCAGUGUCCUGCCUUGAGGCUUGUGCACCUGGAUUAGAAGAGAAACUAGGAUGCCCUGUACCAUCCCAUUCAGUCCUGGGGCCCAUUUCUCCAUAUUAUAGUCAGCGUUAUGGGUUUAGCCCAGAUUGUAAAAUAGUAGCGUUUACAGGAGACAAUCCAGCAUCAUUGGCAGGGAUGAGACUUCAAGAAGGAGAUAUUGCAAUUAGCCUUGGCACAAGUGACACAUUGUUUCUGUGGAUCCAAGAACCAACUCCUGCCUUAGAAGGUCACAUCCUCUGCAAUCCUGUUGAUUCUCAAACAUACAUGGCACUUUUAUGUUUUAAGAAUGGCUCUCUGAUGAGAGAGAGGAUCAGAGAUGACUGUGCUUCAGGCUCCUGGGAUGAGUUCUCCAAAGCCUUAUCAUCUACUGUUGCUGGAAACAAUGGAAACUUGGGUUUCUACUUUGAUGUGAUGGAAAUUACUCCUGAAGCAGUUGGGAUUCACAGAUUCAACAGAGACAACCAGAAG